AUGUCCGAUUUGCUCGUACCUGAGACCCGGGUACUGGCAGUCGCCAGUCAUGUCGUCUAUGGACAUGUCGGUAAUACAAUGGCCGAGUUUGUCAUGCAGUCCUUGGGCUGCGAUGUUGCAGCGUUGAACACAGUUCAUUUUAGCAAUCAUCUUGGGUAUCGGCAAUUCAAGGGCACGCGCGCAACCGCACAGGAAAUCACAGACCUCUACCAGGGUCUGUGUCAGAGCAACCUCACAGACUUUGAUGUCAUGCUAUCCGGCUAUGCGCCGAGUGCAGCGGCCGUGGAAGCCGUUGGCGCAAUUGGGAUAGAUCUGCAGAAGAAAGCGGCUAAUAAGCCCGGCUCUUUCUUUUGGGUCCUGGAUCCGGUAAUGGGAGACCAGGGCCGACUCUACGUGAAUGACGAUGUCGUUCCAGCCUACAAAAAGACCAUUCAUCAUGCAGACUUGAUUCUGCCCAAUCAGUUCGAAGCCGAGGUCCUUUCGGGUAUUAAGAUCACCUCUCUCUCCACACUAGCCGAGGCCAUCACCGCCAUCCACCGCAUCUACGCCGUUCCCCAUGUCAUCAUCACUUCCGUACAACUAUUCAAGUUGUCCCAGUCAGGCUCCACUCCGAACCCACCAGAAAACUACCUAACAGUCAUCGGCUCCACGACCCGAUCCGACGGGUCCCCACGUCUCUUCCGCAUUGAUGUCCCCGCUCUCGAUUGCUUCUUCAGCGGUACAGGCGACAUGUUUGCCGCAUUGACCGUCGCUCGACUCCGAGAGGCCGUCGACGCCGCCAGUCCAACCCUGCGAAACACCGCUUCCUGGGUUUCGCCAGACGACGUGGUUCCCAGCGAUCUUCCGUUAGCGAAAGCCACUCUCAAGGUCCUCUCAAGCAUGCACAGUGUUCUGGAGCGGACGAUGGAAGCCCGCAAUGCAGAGCUUGCAAUGGAUUUCGCUCAGAAUGCAGACUUGACAGCAGAGGAGCAACAAAAGCAGGAUCACCUGCGCCGUACCAAAGCAGCAGAAGUGCGGCUGGUACGGAACGCACGGUUCUUGCGGGAUCCUUUGGUCCAGUUUGGUGUGCAGGAGUGGCGUAAGGAGGACUUGCCCAAUCAUUUACAAUAG